CGGGAUAUAUUGGCGAUUCCAAAUAACGCCGCACAGUGGAAUGCAUCGCCUGUCGGUCAUGAAUAGAACGAUGCGAAGAAAAUACCAGAAUCAGAUCGAGUUUCUUCCAAAGUGUCAAUAACGCUAUUGGGAUAAAACUAUAUGUGUGCGGCUCUGGUCUCGAUUUGUUUUAAUUUCAGUAUUGUUAGCAGAAGUUAUCAACAGUAUCACUAUUUCGCGACACGCGUGUGAGCCUCUGUUGUGUUUGUACUUAACAAACACUUUUCGCGGAGAUUAAUCUUUGACGUGACACGAGUAUUUUUGGGAAUUCUGGAUGUGUUUUACUUUUAGCUCAGUGGGACGUUUUUGUUAAAUACAGUUACAACAAUUCUAUGAAAUACUAGUGAACGUUACCGGAAAUGUACAUAAAGGCGACAACAAAUACGUGACCGCGUAUAGAAUGACGUAAUAAGAGUGUACGGAAAGCCGGGUACCAAUAAUCGACAUGUUUACGGGCAACAUCCGCGCGCAGUUGACGCCGGGCCACAAACUGCCGAAGCUGAACGUCGACCAGAUGACGAGUCUGGAGGAAAACUUUAAACAAAACAGAAAUCCAAACGACUUCGAACUUUCCCUGAUUUCGGCAGAAGUCGGUUUAUCGGAGCAGGAUGUGCGGGUGUGGUACCAGCAUCGUCUAGCCGUCUGGCGGCAGCGACAGGGACUUCCGGCAAACAGCGGAUACGUCAAUGAAUAACGUUUAUGGAAGAUUUCAUUGAAUGACUGCAUAUUCUGUUAU